CGGAAGUUGCUGCGCAUUUCUUGGCACUUAGACCCCCAGUGGCGGGAGCGCCGAGGAGUUAUGGCUCUGUCUCAGCCGGACGGCGCCUCCGACGACGCCAUGGAUUCAUUCCUGGAAAAGUUCCAGAGCCAGCCUUACAGCGGAGGCUUCCACCAGGACCAGUGGGAGGAGGAAUUUGAAAAGAUCCCCCUGUUUAUGAAGAAAGCGCCAUCAGAAAUUGAUCCCAAGGAGAAUCCUGACUUGGCUUGUCUCCAGUCAAUUAUUUUUGAUGAUGAGCGAUCUCCAGAAGAACAGGCCAAGACCUAUAAAGAUGAAGGCAAUGAUUACUUUAAAGAAAAAGACUAUAAAAAAGCUGUGAUUUCGUACACUGAAGGACUGAAGAAGAAAUGUGCAGACCUUGAUUUAAAUGUUGUCCUUUAUACCAACAGAGCGGCAGCGCAGUACUAUCUGGGCAAUUUUCGGUCUGCUCUGAAUGAUGUGACAGCUGCCAGAAAGCUAAAACCCUGCCAUCUCAAAGCAAUAGUACGAGGUGCCUUAUGCCAUCUGGAACUGAAGAACUUUGCUGCGGCAGUAAACUGGUGUGAUGAGGGUCUGCAGAUAGAUGCCAAAGAGAAGAAGCUUCUGGAAUUGAGGGCUAAAGCAGACAAGCUGAAGCGAACUGAACAGAGGGAUAUAAGGAAAGCAAAGUUGAAAGAGAAGAAGGAGCAGAAUCAGAAUGAUACUUUACUCCAGGCCAUCAAGGCAAGGAACAUCAGACUAGUGUCUGAAGCUGCUGGUGAAGAUGAAGAUUCAGACUCAGAAGGUCGAGGUGAGCUUUUCCUGAAUGGGCUCAGCUCUGAGAACCCCUACGGAGCCAGGCUGGGUAUAGAUGACCAAGGCAGACUGAGCUGGCCUGUGCUCUUCCUGUAUCCAGAGCACGCGCAGUCAGACUUCAUCUCUGCAUUUCAUGAGGACUCCAGGUUUGUGGAUCACUUAAUGGUGAUGUUUGGUGAAAUACCCUCUUGGGACCUAGAACAGAAAUACUGCCCUGAUAAUUUAGAGGUCUACUUUGAGGAUGAGGAGAGGGCAGAACUAUACCGCGUGCCUCCCAGGAACACCCUGCUGCAGGUGCUGCAGCACCCCAGGUACUGUGUCAAAGCCCUGACACCAGCAUUUCUGGUCUGUGUAGGCUCUUCCCCCUUUUGCAAGAAUUACCUUCAGGGGAGAAAGGUGCACCAGGUAAAGUGACAGAGCCAGGCUGUGGGAACCAGCACCCCUGGUUCCCCCCUCACUCACCAGUGCCUGGAAUCCAGCGCACUUCAGUCAGCUGGACAUGGCUGGGGAGGGUUGCUGACUUCACUGAACAGGGACAUCUGAGCAACCCACUGAGCUCAGCUGGGCCUCACUCUCCUCUGGUGGUGAAAAGCUCUGUGCCUUGUCAUGACACCCUUGGACUCCCUGCGUCUGCGUUAACCCCCCAGCCUCCAGCUCUGCAGUUUGCACAGCAGCUGACCUGCGGACUCGCUGCUCUGUGGACACUGACCCAGGACCCAGUGACAUGUAAAUGUUUGUGGAAUUAAGAAGCUGCCCCUAUUGUGCAUAUAUAAAUAUAACCCGGGCCCUCCCUGGUGGCGCAGCGGGUUAAAGCACUACACUGAGAAGCUAA